CGUACGGGAGUUGUAGCGAUGAGACAAGAUAGUAACUACUAAUAAUUCGAUACUACGAAAUUGGGGAGAAAAAGGGGGUAAAAUUCACAAACAAACAUAUUUUUUUUUAAAGAAGGAAGAAGUUUUUUGUCAAUGUACUAUUUUUUAUUAGGGUGUAUUAAGUAUUAAGUUAGUUUCAAUAUUACGUAUUAAUUAAUUAAUAUAUUUUAUUUUGGUUUCAAACCGUCCAGUUGGUGGCGGCAAUACACCUUUUUGAAUGUAGUCCGCCAUAAAACCCACAGAAGAAGAAGAAAGCGAAAACGGAAAAAACCGAAAACGACAAAGAAGAAGAAGAAAACGAAGAAGAAGAAAACGAAGAAGAAGAAAACGAAGAAGGAAAGUAAAUAACAAUGUGCAGGUUUGUAAUUUCCUGCACAUGCGGAGGUUACUUCUGCUUUCUACCACAGUAGCCGCAAUACAGUUUUCAUUGAUACAUCGCAAAAUAUUUGGCUACUUUGCAGAUUCAGUACAUUUAUUUAUACAUUUGUUUAGUCAUCAUGUCGGGAAUACCACCAGAUACCUGGCAGCCACCCACAGUGAGCCUGGAGACAACGUAAGCACCGAAUGGGUACAAUUGUAGUGGAACUGUACUGGAGACAUGCUCCCAAAACGUGCAAAAACUUUGCUGAGUUGGCCAGGAGAGGUUACUACAACAACACCAAGUUUCAUCGAAUUAUCAAGGACUUCAUGGUGCAGGGAGGAGACCCCACAGGAACAGGUCGUGGUGGUGCCUCCAUAUUUGGCAAACAGUUUGAAGAUGAACUAAACCCUGACUUGAAAUUCACAGGUGCAGGGAUCUUAGCAAUGGCCAAUGCAGGACCAGACACCAACGGAAGCCAGUUCUUCCUGACCCUGGGGCCUACUCAGUGGUUGGAUGGAAAGCACAGUAUCUUUGGGAGGGUGUGUCAAGGUAUAUCAGUUGUCAACCGCGUCGGCAUGGUUGAGACGAACUCACAAGACCGACCUGCCGAUGACAUAAAAAUCCUCAGGACAACUGUACCCAACUGAUACUCAUUCAUACAACCAGCAACUACUUUCUUGUACAGUCAUUUUGUCAUGAUUUAUGCCUUGGAUUAAUUUUGUUAUUCUCAAAUCAAUAAUGUAGCCUAACCAUUGUGGACAUUAUCACUAAAAUGAUUGAGUGACAUGGUAGAAAUGACACACUUGAGAAUAUGCCUGAUGUUUAUCUAAUGAUUGCAGAUAAAUCUCAACCUGAAACUUGAACAGACUACCACUGGGGGGAGACAAACAACAGAACAUACAGUAAUGUUGGUCUUUUUCAUAAGACAUGAUAUUUAUAAAAAAAUAUUUAAAAAGCCUACGCUGUUGUGGACACAAUGUUUUUGUUAUAAUGUUUGGUAAUCUCCCUAUAGUUUGAGGCGAACUUGAUUAACCCUAACACCUACUCUUAGCAGGUGCCGGGAAGUCAUAAACCCUGCCAAUUUCUCACCUUAGAAUGUGAUUUUAAACCUAACCUUAACCAUACUGCUAACCUUAUGCCUAACCUUAACCUUAUGUUGUAGCCAGUUAGCUUGGCUGCUAGCGGGGUCACCGUAAGUAGUGAUACCUACUGAAAACAACUUUUUGUUCAUGGCACAGAAUUUUCAUUUAACUGUUGUCUUCCAUUAGAACUUUUCCUUUAGAACUUUUUAUUCUUCGUUUACAGGUUGGCUUGUUAAAUUGUUGCUUGGUGAGUGUGAGCAGUUCCUCUUGUACUGUUGAGGUCUCUUUGCUUGAUGUAGGCUUCCAAGCCUCCUAGCUGUGGUUGGUUGCUUUCUUUUCAAACCUGGCAGCCAUUUGACCAGUUAGGCCAUGGUAAGACUCCCAGAUGUGUUCUGGUAGUGCACACACAAACUUGAUGGCAGCUCCACUGAGACAAAAAUGCAGCCUGUCUACUUUGUCUGCCUCAGUCGACCACACCUUGGCCAGCCUCUCAAAUGGAAGGAUAAAGGAGUUCAAGCCUGCCACAUCGUAUGUGGCAAGCUUUGCCUGAGGUGCUGUCUCAAUGGUGAGCUUCUGGCAGCAGGACUGUAAGGGGCUGUGCUUGAUCCAUUAGGGUGGUGAGUAGCUGUGAGGCCAUCGGUCUGCCAAUUGUUCACAUGAUUUGGGAUGGAACGGGGGUUGGCGUAUUAAGCCAUUGCUUUUGGCAGAGAGUAGCCAUUUCCAGCGGCGAUGAAUGGUGGGCAAUGUUGCUGAUGCGUGACUGUGGCUGAUUAUGUUUGUACAUGGACGUGGACCAGCCAGACUAGACAUCUGCCUGGUAACCCUGGUGUCCUGUAUAGCCUGGGUCCAGAGAGUUCACCGGUGGGCAUAUGGGUCCUAAGUAGAUGUCGACCAAUUAAUCGGAAUGGCCGAUUUUAAUUAGGGCCGAUUUCAAGUUGUCAUAACAAUCUGUUAUUAAAUGUUAUUUUGGACACCGA